ACCAAACUGAAUACGUAAAUUCCGACAACCAUAACCUUGCUCGUUAUUAAUCAAAAUAAAAACAUUUUAAAAUAUAUAAAAGCAUCAAUUUCCUGGUAACUAUAUCAUAUUCACUUUUGUCUAUAUAGUUAUAGAUAUAAGUGAUAAGAUGAGGUUUGCCUUAUUUAUCGGACUAGUGUUUGCUAUACACCAUGCUAAUGCGGGCUGCUUAAGCUGUAGCAGCUCUUGCAGUCAUGGUGCUUUUGGCUCAUACGUCGAAGAACGUCAUGAACAAAGACAUGGGUGCGGAUUUCCGUUUCCUCUUCAUAAAGAUUGUGGAAGAGAAGAGGUUUCUCACUCUGAUUGGGGUAGUGAUGGGCUGAUAGAAAAAGAUUGUGUACCAUUGGUUGUGAGGCCUCAUGAUAUACCUAAACCAACUCUUAAUCCACUAGUAGCCGUUGAUCUCAACAAAGUAGUUCCCAAUCCAAGUGCAAUUAAAAAAGCAAUUGUCAAGCCUGCUGUUUUGCCAAAACCUGUAUGCAAAGCAAAUGGGCAAGGAGGUGGAGUAGGAUAUGGCGUAGGAUGUGGCGUUGGAUGUGGCGCAGGAUGUGGAUGUGGUUGUGCACAGACUUGCUGUGGGUCUCUUAAUGGUGCUGGCCCUUGUUAUGGAAAUGGUAUUACUGGACUAAAUGGAGCUUUCGGAGUAUCUGGGGCCUAUGGAUUAUCUGGAGUCGCUGGAGCAGCUGGAGCAUCAGGAACAUUUGGCUUUCCUGGUGGCCCUGGAGGUCCCUAUGGACCAUACGGUUUUGGUCCUUUUGCACCAGCUGAUGCAGUUUCUUUGGAUAUUGCCACUAAAUUAGCCAGAGAAGCGAAUCAAAGACAGUUUGCUGUUGAGGACAGACUUAACUUCGGUUUUAGAAAAUUGCCUCUUGAAUUGCCUCCAAAGAAGAUCAUACAAGCUAAUGUACCUGAAGAAGGUAUCUUCCAAUUGAAUGGAGCUGUUGUUGAAUUGAAACCAAUAAAAUCGACUGCCAGUAGUAGUAGCCCUGCUGCUUUAGCCGAGGAAGCAGCUGAACAAUUAUUGGCUCUUGAAGAAGAAGAAGCCAACGCAGGUACUGCUACAGGUGCCGAAUUACAACCAGGAAUUAGAAGCGUCUCAUUGGGUGAAAUUGGAUAUGGACUUGCUACUCCUCCCAAACCAAACUUGAUAACUGUCCCAGACAGUGCCGCUAGCGUUGGUUCCCAAGACAUUUCUACUAACUGCGGUUGUGGCCAAUAUGGUUAUGCAAGUGGAUGUGGUGGAGUUGCAUGUGGUCAAGUAGGUGGUUGUGCAUCUUGCAACGAAGAAAAAUGUGACUGCAAAAUCAUUCCUGGUAACGUGGAAAUUGAAAUUAAACCCAAGCCCCAACAGAUCUGUUUACCAGUACCAGAAGUUCCCGAUUCUUGCGAUUCUGCUGAGCUUGAAAUUGAAGAAGAAGAUCACGGUGGAAUUUCUUGUUCUUGUGUCCCAGUUUGCGUACAUCGUCACAAACAAUGCAAUUGUAAGAAGACGUGUUACACGGUCGAGAAACUUUUUGGAUGAACUUGUUACUGAUUUUUGCAAGCAAUUGUAUGAUAUAUUAAUUCAUUUUUGUUGAUUUAAUUUAUUUUUUUUUCUCGAUUUCUUCAAAUUGAUUCUUUGUAUUUUAUUAUUUAAAAAUUCAAAUUGAUAUUCUAAUUUUAUAAAUUAAAUGAAUUGUUUCAUAGUAUUUACAGAAUUAAUUCAAUAUUUUUUAAAAUAUUUGUGCUAGUUUUUCAAAUUCACAUUCCUUCUGUUCUCUUGAAGUGUCUAUUUCAACCAAUCAGUUUCCGUUACUUCGAAGAUUUUUGAUGUAAUUGUUGUUUCUGAUUUUUUUUAGC